AUGAGACAGCUUGAGUUGAAGUUGCCCUUCAUCGACGCCUUGAUGCUCAUUCCACCUUAUCAGAAAUUUCUGAAGGAUGCUGUUCAGCAAAGAACCAGGGAAGCACAAGGGAUGGUAGUGUUGACUCGUGAGUGCAGUGCAAUCAUUCAGCGGAAGGUCAUCUCCGACAAAAAGGAAGAUCCGGGGAGUUUCACUUUGCCCUGCAUGUUGGGACCCCUAUCUUUCAAAAACAGCCUCUGCGAUCUAGGAUCAUCUGUCAGCCUCAUGCCUUUGUCUGUAGCAAAGAGACUGGGAUAUCACAAGUACCAAGCCUGCGGAAUCUCACUAGUCUUGGCAGAUAGAUCGAUAAGGUUACCAACUGGGAUGCUUGAAGACCUGCCUUUGAGGAUAGGGAAUGUAGAAAUCCCCACCGACUUCAUUGUGCUUGAGAUGGAUGAGGAACCAACAGAUCCAUUGAUUCUAGGAAGGCCAUUCCUAGCUACAGCAAGAGCAAUGAUAGAUGUCUGUGAAGGAACAAUUGAGCUAAACUUGGGAAAGGACCUAAGAUGA